ACUCCCUUAAAGGGACCGCGGCCCCUCUCCCGGGCUGCCCGCCCUUCUCGCUCCGCCCGCCCCGGCGCCCUGAGCGCUGCAGGGGCUGUGCCGGGGACGGGUUAAGGUUGUGCGGCGUCUGUGUAUUAUCUGCCUAGGUACACGCGCGUUUAGGUUAUAGAGCUUCAAGAAUGUAUGUCUCAAUGCAGAAAUAAAUAUAAUAUAUAUAAACGUGUGUGCAUAUAUAAUUUAUAUAUACUUUAUACGUAUGCCCUAAUUCUUAAUCUGGGAAAACAUCCCGAUUCAUUAGCAACGCACGCAGCACACCCGUGACAAGCCUCAUAACCGCGCAGGUUGCACCAGGAAUCUCUCCCUCGCUGCGAUGCAUGCCCUGCCGGGGAUGCGGGCGGUGCAGCUGCGGGCUCCUCGCUCAGGCAGACGCUGGAGCCCACGUAAAGGUGAAGAACAGUUUGAGGCAAGGCAGAAAUUCAGCCAAACACGUGGACAUUCCCCUCCUCCCCCCCACCCCCACCUCACUACCUUUGCCCCCACUGUCGCGCUGCGGUCACUUUGUAGCAGCCAGCCCAGCACAAUGUUCAGCAUCAGGGUGCUCCUACACAAACUCCUGAUUCUUUUGUACGUUACUCUGUGUGUCGUUGUUGGUAAAACGAUGAUGAUACUGUUCCCUGACACCACGAAAAGAUACAUCCUAAAGCUCGGCGAAAAGAGCAGAAUGAACGAGAACCCAAAGUUCAGCUACGAAAACUGGGGCCCGACUUUUUUCAGCUUCCAGUAUUUGCUCUUUGUGCUGAAAGUGAAGUGGAGGAGGCUGGAAGACGAAGCCUACGAGGGACGCCCUGCUCCCAACACACCGGUGGUGGCUCUAAAUGGGGAGGUUCAGCACCUCUUCAGUUUCAUGCGAGAUAACCGACCUUUAAUCCUCAAUUUUGGAAGCUGCACCUGACCUUCAUUUAUGUUAAAAUUUGAUGAGUUCAACAAACUUAUCAAAGAUUUCAGCUCUAUAGCAGAUUUCCUUAUCAUCUACAUUGAGGAAGCUCACGCAGUAGAUGGAUGGGCCUUUAAAAACAAUGUUGUUAUUAAAAAACACAGAAGCCUUGAAGAUCGAAAAACUGCAGCACAAUUUCUUCAGCAAAAGAAUCCCUUAUGUCCAGUGGUUUUAGACACAAUGGAAAACCUGAGCAGCUCAAAAUACGCAGCGCUGCCAGAAAGACUGUAUAUACUUCAAGCAGAGAAUGUUCUCUACAAGGGAGGAGUGGGGCCUUGGAAUUAUCACCCCCAGGAAAUACGCACCAUCCUGGAAAAACUGAAAUAGAAAAAGAAAAGAGGAGGACAUCAGAGUAAAGACUAUCUGGAUACAAAAGCUCAGUGGAUAAGUUUUCAUAGACCUACGACUUAAAAAAAAAAAAAACCCAAAAUUUCAAAAUGCCAGAAAAUACCAGAAGCAACUAGAAAGAGAAUAACGUACGUGGAUUUAAAGAGCGUCCGUAAUGUAGUUCGUCACUGACAUGUAUGGACAUUUUCAGGUCUAUCACAACCACCUCAGCUAUUGCACUGUAGCAUCUAUCUUACUGUGCUUAUAUACCACAUGCAGUAAUGAAUACUAGUUGAGCCUGCUGAGCUGUUACGACUGGACACCAAGAUCUAAACUCUUAAAGAAUAUUGUGCAGGAUAAACCUCAGGGAUGGUGACAUCUGUAAGAGCCAAUUUAAUGGGAAACGACUGAUUUCUCAUUAUUAAGUUUCUCUCCCUCUUGUAUACGUACCAUUUUCCUAAAUGUUCAAUUUCACACACUUCAAAAGGCUUCUGAAUAAGACAAUCUCUCCUGACAUUUGUUUCUAAAAUAUUUGUUAUGACAGUCACAGCACAAAGCACAGGCAGCUGUGACCUGAUUUUAGAAAA